CAAUGGAGCGGUCACAUGGUAUGUGACGUCACGGAGGUCCCUUCCGAGGAAAGGAACAGCCGCUACCAAACUUGCAGCGACUGUUGCUGUUCCAGUUGGGAUCGCGCUGCUUUAGUGGAAACAAUGUCUCCCCGGGCUCACGCGUGGGCUACUUACUGUACAACUAUAGUGCUGUCAGGGCUAGUGAGCUGCUUGGCUGCUGAGCUGCCGGUUCUGAAGGGCCGUCCCUUCGUGUCAGUAUGGAAUGCCCCCACCAGCCCGUGCCUGGAUAGAUUUGGGGUGACCCUUGACCUGAGCACUUUUGACAUAGUGCUGAACCAGAACCACACGUUCCAGGGCUCGGAGGUGGUGAUCUUCUACAGCUCCCAGUUGGGUCUCUACCCUUACUAUGAUCAGAGCCUGUCCCCUGUCAAUGGGGGGCUGCCCCAGAAUAACAGCCUCAAGGAUCACCUGGACAAGGCCUUCAUGGACCUGCUGGAAACCAUCUCUGACCCGGCCUUUACUGGGGUCGCCGUGGUGGACUGGGAGAGCUGGCGGCCGCUGUGGGCGCGCAACUGGGAUAAGAUGAGGGUGUACCAGCAGAGUUCCCAAGAUCUGGUGAAGGAGAUCUACCCGGACUUACCCCCAGAUGAAGUGUUAGAGUUGGCCAAGGCUGAGUUUGAAACGGCCGCCCGAAAAAUAAUGCAGUCCACCCUGGAACUGGGGCGAGAGCUAAGGCCCAAUGGGCUCUGGGGAUUUUAUGGCUUCCCAGGUUGCUAUAAUUAUGGCUACAAGAACUUUGGGCAGAAUUACACAGGCAAAUGUCCCAUAGAUGAAAUACAUAGAAAUGACAACCUGACUUGGUUGUGGGAGGCCAGCCAGGCUCUGUACCCCGAUAUCUACCUGGAACAAGCGCUGAAGAUGUCGGAAAACGUUGGGCCGUAUGUGAAGUACAGGGUGCUGGAAGGAAUUAGGGUGGCCAAGGACCUUCCUGUUCUGCCCUAUGCACGUAUAGUCUAUACCUACAGCAUGGACUUCCUUACCCAGGAGGAUCUCAUCCAGACAAUAGGACAGAGCGCAGCCCUUGGUGCAGCUGGCGUCAUCUUGUGGGGUAACGCAGACUACAGCAGGAGCAAGGAGUCGUGUCUAGCAGUGAAUUCCUACAUCGAUGAAACUCUGGGUCACUAUCUGGUGAAUGUCAGCAGUAGCGCCACCCUGUGCAGUAAAGCUGUGUGUGCAGGCAAUGGGCGCUGUGUGAGGAGAGACCCCUCAUCAGAUUCGUAUCUGCACCUGCACCCAGACAGUUUCAGGAUCAAGAGGCACCCGCAGGGCAGAGGCUUUGUUGUGUCUGGGCAGGCCAGCAAGUGGGACAUUGUGUAUUUUGUGGAACACUUUCACUGUCGCUGUUAUCCCGGUUGGGAUGGGGAGGAUUGCACACGGAGGAUAAUAUUGUGACACUGCCAGAACUUAAUGCACAUGAAACUAAACAUGGAUCCUUCACAUGAAACUAAACAUGGAUUGCCUUCGUACAGCCUAGUGCAACUCACCAACCUCUCUCUUACAUUUCUGGACAGUCUGGAUAGUCCAUAGGAUGGGCAGGAUUUUGCACUGUGGAACAUAUGGGGGUGGGGGGUGUUAUUAAAGGGAUGGUUCACCUUUAAGUUAUUUUUUAGUAUGUUAUAGAAUGGCUUAUUCUAAGCCUCUUUGCCUCCUCUGACUCUGCAGCUUUUAAAUGGGGGCCACUGACCCUAUCGAAAAAACAAAUGCUCUGUAAGGGUAGAGACACACGUGGAGAU